AUGGAGACGACAAUAAUUCCAAUGUUUUACGAAAGCCUAAAGUCAUUAGAGCGUUAUCGCAAGCUUUUUGAUGUUAUUGAAAUCCAACGCAUAAUGUCUGACUACGAUCUACAGUUUCAAGCGGACCUGGAGAAGGCCCAGGCUUUGAGUCUAGAAAGUUUAGCUCUUGAACAAUUUCGAAGACAGAAACUACAUUGUAAUGCAGAUACGGUCCGAGACAAUACCAGUGCGCGUCGACGCGAAGAGGGCGAAGGACCGCCGCCCGCUCUGCCGCCGCCACCCAGGAAGCCCCCCCGGGUCAGGGCAUCCGCCUCGGAAACUUCGAGCGACAGAUCAACGGGCACAAGUCCUACCAGAACUGAUAGCAGCGACCUGAUAUCUUUCACGAGCCCCACCGGCAAAACUGCGUCCAAGGGUUCACAUGCAUCGCUUAAAGAGUACAUCGAUCAGAUUAGCAAAUUGGGCCAGCAGACAGAGGAGUUGAACCUCAACACGCAGCACGCUGACACCGCCCCAACUAUGAACAACUACCCGUACAACCAGCCGCACCCUUACGGGCACUACGUCCACAGCUACCCGCCGCCGUACAACGCGCCGCCGUACCCGAGCGGGCCGCCGUACGGCAUGCCCGCCCCGAUGCCCGCUCCGAACGUGACCUACGCGUACUACGCGCCGCCCAUCGCCGGCCCGCAAGAGCUCGCCGCGCCCUACGCGCCCGUCAACGCGCCGAUGUACGCGCAAACGUACCCGUACACGCAGACGCGGCUGGCGGCGCCCGCUCCGUACGCGGGCUACCCGCCGCCCCCGAGCCACCCGCAACCGCCCCCGUACAACUACAACACGACGAACAUGAUAACCAGGCCGACGAGACCCGCCCUAUACCCGCAGCUGGGCCAGGUGCACUCUUACCCGCCCCAGAACGCCGCCGCCAGCGCGAACCAACCGGCGGUCGGAAAGAACGAGCCGUCCAGGGACAGCGUCGAGAGCAACGGCUCCAGAAAGUCCUCCGAAGUCAGCAUUGGGUCGAACGAGUCCAACGACACCGUGGGCAGUCUGCCGAAAUCGCAGAACCUGAUCGACUUCGGCGGGCGGAAGGGCGCAGGUAGCGUAAGAGUCAGUGUGCUAGAGGCCUUCGAUCCGCUACUAACUGAUCAGCCUCAUGCCGAAUAUGUGGCGCCAAGCGAAUGUUCCAGCAGCGUGUACGAAGAGUACGAUCCAUUGGACUUUUUGUACGGGGAGACGGAAAUGCGAGACGCGCCCGUUUACGCGACCGUGAACAAGCGGGACAGCACCAUGGUACCGUCUCCUCCGCCAAAGUCGAUACCCACCGUACCGGCUGUUGCCAAAAGGCCUACGACCAAUAAAUUGUACGACUGCAUCGUGAAAACGAGAAGUAAAAAUUACGACAGCGAGCACAGGGCUUUCCUAAAACUAGUAUUGGAUGUUAGAAAACGGUUCGCGCACACGGACGAGCGGACCAACCCGGGCCACGUGGUGGCCGCGCGCUCCGGCGGCCGCUACCCCCCCAACACCAGCAUCAAGCUCCUGGUGCACCACCGCCACUCCGAGGAGCCCAUCACCUUCACUUCAGACGUGGAAUCUACGGUGGAACAUGUGAUAUUAACUGUCGUGUGUUCUCUCGACGAGGAUAUAAGAGACGAUAUGUCGGGAUAUAUGUUACGCGUGUGGGGCGCGCAGCAGUACCUGAGCGCGGGCAGCGCGCUGAGCGAGUACGAGUGCGUGCGCGAGUGCGUGCGCCUGGAGCGGGACGUGCGGCUGUGCCUGCAGGAGGGCGGCGGGCGCGCGCUGGCCCGCGCCGGCCAAGACGACGCGCGCGCCGCGCACCUCGCGCUCGACGACCUGCUGCCCGCCGCGCCGCCCGCGCCCGCCGCCGCCCUCACCUUCGACAACCUCUCCAUCCUGCUCGAAACGCUGGAGGGGGAGCUAUCCCGCGCGGUGGGAGUGGUGGGGGCGGAGGGCACGUGCUCCCCCAAGGCGGUGUUCCAGGCCGUGAAGGCGAUUUGCGCCCUGGCCGGUGGCGUGGAGACUCUGCACCUCACAUACACCUUGAAUGCAUUCGCCCAAGCCUGCACGGCACAGGGCGGCGGCGGCGCGGUGACGCCGCAGAUCGUGGGCGAGCAGGGCCCCUACAGCUGCGUGUCGCUGCGCGCGGCCACGGCGCGCGAGGCGGUGGCGCAGCAGAGCGCGCGGCUGCGCGACGCCGUGCGCGCCCUCCUCGCGCUCUACACGCGCGCGCGCCUGCUCGACUUUUCCUUGGCCGACGCGCCCGACGCGCUCCCCGCCCAACCGCACAAAGCGGUGCCAGCGCACACCAUAACGGAGACGCUGCUGUUCUGCGUGGAGGCGGUGCACUGCCUGCCGCUGUGCUGGAGCCACGACGAGUACCUGUUCCACGCGCAGGUGUUCCACGGCACCAGGCCGCUCAGGGCCGUGCACGCCACCCACUCCUCCAAGGUCGAGUGCGCCGGCUUCUACCCCAGGAUCAUCUUCGACACUUGGCUGAACCUGGAGGAUAUCUCGAUAAGCACGCUGCCGCGAGAAUCUCGGCUGGUGCUGACGCUGUACGGGCGCACGCAAAGAACGGACGACAGCCAGCACCAGAACGAGACCCAGCAGGAGCCCGAAGGGGGCGAGGACAGUGGCAACGUGCAGUACGAGCAGGUCGAGCUCGGCUGGACGGCGGUACAGCUGUUCGACUUCGAUUGCAUGCUGGCGUCUGGGCAGAUGGUGGUGCCCCUGUGGCCGGCGCGCUGCGAACGGCGCACCGGUCCCGCGCCCCACCCAAUGCACGCGCCCCCGGCGCCGCACCCCCUCAUCAACAUUGAAAUUCCACUCUACACGCGCACCGGAGUGAAGUGGACCAAUGGCGACGAGGAGAAGCAAAGAAGUAUUGCGCAAGAGCAUUUGCCUUCGUUCGAUUCGCUGGACGGGCACACGCAGUCGCAACUGUUGCAUUUAAUAGAACAGGGCCCCUACCAAAGGAUGCCUACUGAGGCUAGGGAGGUCAUGUGGGAGAAACGGCAGUACCUGGUGGAGCUGCCGGGCGCCUUACCGCUGGUGCUGCUGGCGGCGACCAACUGGUGCGGCGAGCAGAGGGCGCAGCUGGUGGCGCUGCUCGAACUGUGGGAGAGGCCCUCGCCCCUCAACGCCAUGCAUCUGCUGCUGCCCUGUUUCCCGGACAUGGCUGUGCGCGAGUUGGCGGCCAAGCUGAUAGACGGAAUGUCGGACGACGAGCUAAUUCGGGUGUUGCCGCAGCUGACGCAGGCGUUGCGAUACGAGACCUACGAGGCUAGCCCUCUGGCAGAAUUACUGCUGUCCCGAGCGCUCUCCGCGCCUGCCGUGGCACAUAAGUUGUUUUGGUUGUUAGUCCAUUCAUUACCUAACGUGCCGCAGGCCCCGAACCAAGAGUUUCUAGGCAUUACGCUUGAAGAGAAUUCGAACGAAUGCCCAGAGGCGGAAGCCUGUUUGACUGCUUCGUGGCGGUACAGGCUCGUGUUGCGCGCGCUGCUGGCUAUAUGUGGGGAGAACCUCAAUCGCACUUUGUUGAGGCAGCAGCUCUUAGUCAAGACGGUGUCCGAGGUGGCGCUGUCGGUGAAGUGCGCGAAGGAGCCGCUGCGGCAGCGCGCGCUGUACGUGGGCGGCGAGCGGCUGGCCGCGCUGCUGCGCCUCGAGCCCGUCUCGCUGCCGCUCGCGCUGCACCGCUACGUGCACGACGUCGACAUCAAGUCUUGCUCAUAUUUCUCGUCGAACACUCUCCCUCUGAAAAUAAACUUUAUCGGCGUGGAUAACGCCGUUGUACCAGCUAUGUUCAAGGUGGGAGAUGAUUUAAGGCAGGACGCACUAGUGCUGCAAGUGAUCAAAGUGAUGGACAGUCUAUGGCUGAAAGCAGGUUUGGAUCUCCGGAUAGUGACCUUCCAGGCGCUGCCAACUAGUAACCAGAGGGGCAUGAUCGAGAUCGUGUCGGAGGCGGAGACGCUGCGCGCCAUCCAGACGGAGUGGGGGCUGACGGGGUCGUUCAAGGACAAGCCCAUCGCCGAGUGGCUCGCCAAGCACAACCCUCCGAGCUCGAGUACCAGCGCGCGCGCGACAACUUCACAGCGUCCUGCGCUGGCUACAGCGUGGCGACGUACUUGCUCGGAAUUUGCGACCGGCACAACGACAACAUUAUGC